UCGGGCUUUCCUCCUUUUUUUUGUGGUGCUAAUUAUAGCUUCUCUACCGGCUUCUAGGUUCGAAGUCUAAAUGUGUUAAUAUAUAGUUUUGUAACAUUAUUUAAAUAAAUACACAAUUCUCUUGAAGAGAUGGAUUAUACAAACCAGAGUGGGUUCAGGCAGCGUAAGUUCCAGCCAAAAGUCAGAAUGCGAGGCACCUCGAUGGACCCCAGUGACCCCAGCCCAUUGUUUGACGACACCAGUGCUGGGGUGCACACACACGAUCACGGUGGUGUUGGGAAAGGCCCAGAUGCAUAUGCAGGACAGGCCUUCCUCUCAGACCCCAUGUCCAAUCUGGCCAUGGCUUAUGGCAGCAGUCUCGCCUCCCACGGCAAAGAGAUGAUGGACAAGAACCUGGAUCGAUUCAUCCCCAUCUCUAAGUUGAAAUACUAUUUUGCAGUAGACACAGUAUAUGUUGGCAAGAAGCUUGGACUGCUGGUGUUUCCCUACAUGCAUCAAAAUUGGGAAGUGAGCUACCAGCAGGAUACACCAGUCGCCCCACGGUUUGAUAUCAACGCCCCUGAUCUGUACAUUCCUGUAAUGGGUUUUAUUACGUAUAUCCUGAUUGCAGGGUUGGCCUUGGGAACACAGAACCGGUUUUCUCCAGAGAUUUUGGGAAUUCAGGCCAGCUCAGCCCUGGUGUGGCUCAUUAUUGAGGUUUUGGCUGUCCUCCUCAGUCUUUACCUCGUAACAGUUAAUACUGACCUCACCACCAUCGAUCUGGUGGCCUUUUCUGGUUACAAAUAUGUUGGUAUGAUAGUGGGAGUGGUAGCAGGCCUUCUGUUUGGGCGGACAGGAUAUUACCUCACAUUGCUGUGGUGCUGUGCCUCUAUGUUUGUCUUUAUGAUUCGGACACUACGGUUAAAGAUCCUGUCUGAGGCAGCCGCAGAGGGACGAUUAGUACGAGGAGCAAAGAAUCAGUUGCGAAUGUAUCUAACUAUGGCCAUUGCCGCUGCACAGCCUGUAUUUAUGUACUGGCUAACCUUUCAUCUGGUCAGAUAGGACCUGGAUUUGCCGCAGAGGAACAGCCAUAUUAUUUCUACCACUGCAGUCACAAACGAAAGAUCUUCUUCCUUAGAGAAAUAAGCCUAUUUGCACACUUAUAAUAAAACUAUGGACGUGCAUUGUGCAGCAUCACAGCACAAUAUUAUGUAUCUGAACUCUGAUUGCCCAGCUGUCUUUUGUAUGUUUUAUGUAAAUUUCUAGGGAUUAUCAUUGGCUUUUGUUUUGUAUAAUGUAAGUGUAUUUUUUUUUUUUUUUUUAUGUAAAUGUGUGUUUAUGUCUGAAAACAAGGAAUGUUGUCCAUAUGCUCUGCUCUGACUGUCCCAGUCUGCUACGGUUGAACACCUGCUGUCAGCUUGGAAAAAAAAAAGCAGAGACAGUACCUGAAAUAUAAUUGACUGUUUGCUGACUGCUAACUUAAUGAAACUGGCUCUGUAUGACGUGCAUUGUGUACAUGUAUUGAUUUAUUGUGAUUUAUUUUAAACUAGUAAACUACUCUGUUCUUAUAGCAUCAUUUGUGUGGCAACAAGAACAGAGUUUUAAGGUUAGACAAAUACAUGCUUGACUUACAUUUUAUAGAAAUGUACUGCACAUGCAGGAUUAACCUGCUUUAAAAUGUCUUGUACAAACAGUCCUACAUUUCAGGUCAAUUUGUUCCAUGAUUUGGAAUUGAAAUAAAGAUUUUCU